UUGAGUAGUUGUCUCGUCCACUCUCGUCUCUGAUAAAGGUUGUAAGAUGGUUGUAAGCACUGGGACGUGUUUAAAAUCAAAAUUAUGAUUUUUGAUUAUCAAAACAAUAAAAAUGUAUUCUGAUUAAUAUUUUUUACUAUAAAAUGAAUUGCAAAGAUACUAAAUGGAAAUUGUGGGUGAGAAUAUUUGAUAUUCCUGAAGUAAGCAAACAUGAAACCGGUUUUACAAUUUAUAAAAUUAUUUCUAUAUUAUAUCCCGAAUCAUGCCCUGAUGCAGUGACAAAAGUAUCAGUAUGGAAACGCUUCAAUGAUUUUAAACUUUUGUAUAAAGAAAUGAAACUUCUACAUAAAAAGUUAAACAUGAAAAAUGAAAUGCCUAAUUUACCAAAACCAGUUUUGUUUAAAAGAUUUGAUCUAGAGACUAUAAACCACAGGAAGCAAGCAAUUUUGAGCUUGCUAGAAUACAUCGGAACUCAUUCUGUCCUAUUUACAUCUAAAGUUUUUGUUAAGUUUUUUGAGACAAGUUACACUCCAGCAGAACUUUUGUCUAGUAAUAUAAAUACCAUAAGAGCUAAAUUAAAUUUACCAGAUGAUAAUGACCUGUCUAUUAAUUCUGAUGAAGAUAAAAUAAGUGAUACCGAUUCGAUGAAUAGCAGUAACUUCAGUUCUAAAGUUCCAGUUGUGUCUGACUGCUUAUCAAAAUCAAACACAAAUUUAAGAAAACUAAAUUCAAUGACAUCCAUCGAUUCUAAUUCAACAAAGUCAUUAGAAUCUUGUAGUACAUUUAACAUGGAUAGCAACUUACUGUUAACUGACAAUCAUAUUGAAGGACCAUUUAAUUUACCAUCCUCAUCACAAAGUGCAAUUCAUUAUUUGGAUGAUGCUUCAGUUCAUAUUAACAGGGCUGUUGAGUUUGAGAAUGACAAUAAAUAUGAAGAAGCUUUUAAUGCGUAUAAAACAGCUGUAGAUAUUUUAAUUACUGGAGGACAAAGUGAUACCAAUUAUGACAGAAAAAAGAUAGCUAGAUAUAAAACUGAGAAAUCUUUAAUACAAGCUGAAAAGAUAUUUAAUAUGCAUCUGGCUCCAGAAGUGAAAGAUCUGUUAUUACAGAAGCAAACUCAAACUGAAAGACCUAAUAUUAUAAAGGGACCUUUAUUUAACUUAUACAAAUAUAAAGUCAUUAAAAUAAUAUCUGCUUCAGGCAUGUUAGUCCUACACUGUGAAAAUCAACAACUCUAUUAUAUUAAGGUUAUACAUAAAACAGUACAAUUUCUAAAUGAGCACCUUAUUUUACCUGAAAAUGUGCCUUACAUGGUCAAGCUGAUCAAUCACUAUAUUUGUGAUUAUGCCUUAUUUCUUGUUUUAGAAUAUUGCAGUGGUACAAAAUUAAUAGACUUUUUAAAAAAUGAAUCAACCGAGUUGGAACCCAAAGAUAAACCAUUAUUAAGUGACAUUCAAGACGAGACAGACAGCGAUUCAGAGUUAAGUUUUUCAGAGUUGAUAAGUGAGUAUGUUUCAAAUAGAGAGAAGCAAAAAGGUAAUUCCUCGUAUAAAGAAGAAUCUGAUUCAGACAGUAGUUUUGAAAAGGUAGAAUUUAGUGAUAUGGUAUCCAAAAAACCUGCACAAAAUAUUUUGGAUGAACCGUUGGAUCAAAUAAAACAAUGCUGUGAUAAUUUAGAACCAAAGGGAUUAUCUAUUGAAAGGAAACUGAGUGAAAUGUCCAGUAUAGAUUCUCUUGAUGUGGAUUGUAAGCAAAACAUUUCUGAGAUUCAAAUAGUAAAAUGGGCAGCCCAAUUAGUUAUUGCUAUCGAAAAGUUGCAUUGUUUGGGAAUAAUUUGUAGAGAUUUAUCUAUAGAAAAUGUGCUUUUGGACGCAGAGAAUAAUAUAGUCUUGACCUAUAUGUGUAAUAUAAAAGAAUUGUGCGAUUUAUACAUGAAAGGAAUUGAUGCAAACUUGGCACCUGAAGUUUAUAGUUUUGAGGAUGUAACCGCUGCUGUAGAUUGGUGGAGUUUUGGUGCAAUCCUCUACAGAUUAUUAGUUGGAAUGCCAUUAAGUGAAGUUCACGUAAAUGGUAUAACAAGCUACACCCAUCUAAAAAUUCCAAAGUAUGUUUCACCUGAAGGCAGGUCUUUACUGAAACAGUUAUUAAUGUACAAACCAAAUGACAGGUUAGGAGCUGCUAAUAAUGGAAUACACCAUUUGAAAACUCAUCCAUUUUUUCGAUCCAUACAAUGGGACUCAUUAUAAAAUUAUAGUUGCCGUUUUAUUAGUUUUUAUUUUUUAUUGCGGCACGAAAAAACUAGUACAGUUAUUAUUGUGAUAUUGUUUGUAGUUCACUUAUAAGUACUUUAAGAUUAGUUAUAUUAAGAACACUUAUCUCUUUGUUAGUACUACAUUAGUACUAUAUUUAAGCAUUUAGUAAAAUACUUGUUCGAAAUAGAAUUUUUCUUAGCUGUA